GUGUGAGUGAGGGUGAGUAUCAAUCCUCGCUUUCUUCUAUGCAUUUUCUGAGAGAGGGUGUGUUUGGGCUGAACGUGUUUUUGCCAUUACGCGUCAGAACAUGGUGCGCAUGCGUAGUGUAGGCUAAAACCCAGGCAGGUUGAUGCAGGUGAGCUGCUGCGACAGGUGUAUUCCGGAAGCCAGAUAGAGAAAUCAGCAAAAUCACAGCCACGAUGUCUCAGGGCAACCUGCAGGAGGAUUUUCAGAACCAGGUCAAUGAUGUUUUCACCCGGCUGCAGAACAAGGAGAUGUUUCAGUCUGACUGGGACAUCGCCUCCUUCGCCAUUUUCUUCAUCUUCAUCGGUAUGGUUCUGCUGCUCAUCAUUCUGGUUCUCAUACGCUGCUGUUGCUGCUGCUGCUUCUGCGACGAAAAGCCCAAAAGACAGAAAGUGGGUAUCGACAACAUGGCACUGCAGCCAUAAAGCUCGAGAUUAGCGUCCAGCAUAUUCAUGAUCCCUUUCAAAAUCCUUGAAAAAAAUGUUUUUACUGCCCUAAUUUGCCACAUAUUGCUUAUGAAUAUUCUGAGUGUAAGAGACUGUAGAAGAUGACGAAGUAAACAGAAUGUUUCAAAGGUGAAAGUCGACACCUGCACUGUAAAUAUGAUGGAUGAAUAUUUACUGGAGCUGAAUUUAAUUUAUCGUUUACAAUGACUGAUUUUUAAAUGUAAAAGUGCUCUUUACUUUCAGUUGUAAUUGUACUCUACUUCCUGCUUGCAUUAUGGAUAUAUUUAUGAUUCUGUAUAAAUGAAUAAAAGUACAAUAAACUGUAUUGUACUAUACAA